CGCGCCGACUCUGCUUUCGCCCUUUCCAUCGCCCUCUCCCACCCACCCCCCCCAAUCCGCUUCUCAUCAUGGCGGACCCAGUUGUUGAUGCCUUUGCUGGCAUGAAGAAGAAGAAGAAGAAGGUCGUCGCGCUCGACCUCGACGAGACUCCUGCGCCCGCUGCGCCUGUCGCUGAGCCCUCUGCCGCCGCCACUGGCGCCUCGACGCCCGAGCCCGCUGCCGAGGACAAGCCUGCCGAGGACGCAGGAGACAUGUUCGCCGACCUCAAGAAGAAGAAGAAGAAGAAAAAGGACAUCCCUCUCGACCUCGAUGGCGGCGACGCACCCGCCCCCGACGCCUCGGAUGUGCCCGUCGUCAAGAAGAAGAAGAAAAAGCCCGCUGCUGACUUCGCUGCUGAGCUUGACGAGCUUGACGCCGAGAAGGCGGCCGAUGAGGAGACCAUUGACCUGUCCUCAUCUGUGGAUGCCGGUCUCGACCCUUGGGUUGCCGAGAACCGCAACGCCACCUACCCCGAGCUGCUGAAGCGAUUCUACACCCUCCUCCACGUAAACAACCCCGAGCUCGCCGGCGAGAAGCGUCGGUACACGAUUGUCCCACCUCAGGUCACCCGCGAGGGUACAAAGAAGACUUCAUUUGCCAACUUUGUCGACAUCUGCCGUCGUCUUCACCGUCAGCCCGAGCACGUCCUCAUGUUCCUGUACGCCGAGUUGGGUACCCAGGGCUCGAUGGACGCUGCUCAGCGUCUCAUUCUCCGUGGUCGCUUCAACCAGAAGCAGAUCGAGAAUGUUUUGCGCAAGUACAUUGUCGAAUAUGUCACCUGCAAGAUUUGCAAGUCGCCCGACACGCUCCUCGGCAAGGAGAACCGUCUGUACUUCCUCACGUGCGAGGGCUGUGGCUCGCGCCGGUCGGUCGCCGCCAUCAAGGCCGGUUUCCAGGCCCAGGUCGGCCGUCGUAUCAAGACAGGAUAAACGUGCGCCGAGCGCUAUCACAUGUGACGCGAGAGACACAUUGGAGCAGG